UUGAUGCUUUGGUAGUGGUUGCAAUGUGAAGCUCUCACAGUUUUGUCUCCCUCCGUGUACAGGGAGGGAAACACGUAGAUUUCUCCAUGUGCAUUAACAAACAAUGUUAUCUUUAGCUUGAUUUUUCUGGAAUUUGUUGCAAUCACGCUUCUAACGCCAUGGAACACGAUAGGAAAGGAAACACAAGUUUCAAUGGAUUGUCCAGACAUUCUGUGGAUAGCCAGAAUGAGAAAAAGAGGAGGAACUAUAAACUCAUAGUGGACCCAAUGUUGAGAGGGGGUGGACAAAAGUUAUAUCGAUUUGAAGGCUUGGAUCCUAUGGAUAACCGACCCAUUCAUGUGCGAGAUCCACGUUCCCGAUUGACAAGACUUUGGUCAAAGAAAAUACCAGCAGAUUUACCAAUUCCAAGAUUUAAGUAUGAUGAACAUUAUGUUGGAGAACCACCACCAAAUGAAGUCACAUUUACCAAUUUGAACGAUAACAUCAAUCAAGAUUUCCUUGAAAACAUGGUGAAAGUGUAUGGAAAUGUGGAGGAGGUCAAAAUUUAUUACAACCCGAAGAACAAGAAACAUUUGGGUGUUGGAAAGGUUAUGUUUUUAUCCUCGAAGUCAGCAAAGAUGUGUGCAGAUAAACUCAAUCAAUCCUCUAAGAUGGGAAAUGUGAUGACUGUGUUUGUUGAUGCAGGAGGUAAAGAAAGACAGAAAAUUGUUGAUGACAUGUUGUCUGACAAACCAAAGACAUCAGCUCCUGUCAGUGCUCCCACUGUGUUGAGUGAUCCACGCAGGAACCGACGCUUGUCUUCAUCUUCAUCAUUCCCGACACUUAAGUCAGCUUCCAGUAUUCAAUCAGAUUUCUCCACAAGUAUCCAAUCACAGUCGAGUUUUGAUGCCUAUGACCCUGAGGCAUAUGACCCUGAAUUUGAAUAUUCAUUGACUCAGCCCCCUCCCCACCUUCCCUCUCAACCUCCACCCCCACUACCUAGCCAGCCCAUGUAUCCAUCAUCAGAGAAGAGCUUUAACAGCAGUCAGUCAGACUUGGGGUAUGGAUCAGGGACACCCAUGUCUAACUACAAUCAUGAUAGCUACAACAAGGGCUAUGAUAUGCAGUCUAAUACUCCCAGUGGCAGCUUCUAUCCUGGGGCCAAUCAAAAUCAAUUUGGCAUGUCACAAAGUCAUGGUAACAGUGGUGCUAAUAGUGGAUAUGGCUUCCAGCAACAGACACAGCAGCCGCCACCUCCACUUCCUCCACAGCCUCCUCAUCAACCACCCCCUCAUCUCCCUUCUCAUCCUCCACCUCCUCAUCUUCCCUCUCAUCCUCCUCCUCAUCUGCCACCUCACCAUUCUCAUGUAGCACCACUGCAUCAGAAUCAGCAUCAUCAAAUGUCAUACAACAAUAAUGAGAAUCAGUAUUCCUCGAACCAGGAUACGGACCGGUACCCACCAGAUCCACGUAACCGAGGAAAUAAUCACCACAGAAAUAGACAAAACAGCGAAGGUGGUUCUCGAGGUGACCACCGCAACCGGGACUGGCGGAGGGACAGAGACCACCGACACUCUCGUGACUCACGUGAUCACAGAGAUCGUGGGGAUGAUCGGAUGGGAGAGAGGGAUGGGUAUAAUAGAGAACCUCAGAGAGAUAGGUUUAACAGACGAAGUAAUGAUCGUGACAAUGACCGAGGUAACAACAGGGAUAGGAAUCAUCAUGACAGGUUUAACAGGGACAUGAGGGAUUCCAAAAGAGGUGGACCAGGGGGAGGAAAGGAUAGAAUAGAUAGCAGGGCAGGACCAGGUGGAGGGAAAGACCGGAUGGAUGGUAGAGGGGAAAGGGACAUUGGCAGGUUUCGUCAUAGACCAGAACCUGCUGAAAAGAGUAUGGAAAGAGAAAAGCCUCCACCCCAGCUCCCUAAGCCUAAAACACCAGAACCAGAACCUGCACAAGAAGAGGAGCCCCGCAGCAUGAGUUUAGAGUCACGCAUUCAGAGCUUGUUGCAAAAUGCAAUGGGUGAAGGGUUUGGCAGCCCAUCAUCAGACUCAACUAGUGAUUCGAGGAAAAAGGAGUCCACUCCCCCACCUACAAGUCGAUGGGAGAAACCUUCAUCUGGGCCCCGUACUCCAGAACCAGAGGUUCCACGUGUACCCCCCAUUCCUGUAGUGGACCAGACCUCUACUCCCUAUAACCACAUGUCACACUUCGGUACGCCACGGGACUCUGGGCCCCAAAGCACUCCCGACUUCAGGGACGUUAACAGUGUUCAGGGCAGUGUGAAUGGUAGCAUUAAUGUUAGUGUGCCCCCACCAUCCUUUCAUCCUGCAAAUAUUUCUGGCAUGCCAGACAUGUACAACCAAUUACAACCAUCUCAAGAUACGGCGACUCCAAAAAUGUCGCAGGAAACUGUUCAAGACACUAAAAGUGCAUCUGAUGAUGAUGACAGAAUGAGUAUAUCAUCAGGUGGAAGUGGGGACCAGAAUAUAGAGGUGAAUCCCUUACUUCAUCCCUCUGGGGAUGUACCCAGUCAGCCAAUGGUGCCCCUAGUAAAUACAAACUUUAUGUCCCCAAACACAUCUCAGCCUACAGCUUGGCAGGCAGGCUCGUACAACUAUGGUUUUAAUUGUGGCCAGAUGAUGGACAUGUCUGGGUAUAAUGUGUGUAACCAAAACUAUUACAACCAGUAUGUGAAUAAUUCUCUGAAUGCCAGCUCUCAAGGACAAGUCGUAGAUCAGUCAGAGGAGGAUGAGAAAGUGGAGAAAACAUUCGCAGCUGUGUUAGAUGGUUGUAUAAAAGAAUUAAAACAAAUAAUGCAAAAAGACAUGUGUAAAAAGAUGGUAGAAAACUCGGCAUUUAAAUCGUUUGAUGGAUGGUGGAACAAUGAGGAACAGAGAAACAAGCAACUUCAGCCACAGAAAACUGUUCCUGAAAAGCUUCCAGACAAACCAUCAUCCAUUAAACCAACAGUGACAGUGGGUAAAAAGGAAGUAAGCUCCACCAUCGCCUCACUGUUUGAACCACAGCACCCCUGGACCAAGGAAGGCGAGAUCAACUUUGGCAGCUACUCUGGUGGUGGUAUGAGUGGAGGCUUCCUAGGCAUCAGGGGAGGAAUGCCUCGACUGCCUUCAUUUAAGAGAAAGUUCCGUCCACCAUCCCCUCCCCCUGAAGAUGAGGAGAGCAAGGGUGCUCAUGAUGAGGGUGAUGACGAGGCCAAAAUGGAAGAUGACGCUGGAUCAGAUGAUGAAGUCGCAUCCAAGAGGGCAACAAGGAAGGCUGUUGUAAGUGAUAGCAGUGAUGAUGACGAGGAGGAGGGCGAAGAUGAUGAAGAUGAGGAUGAGGAGGAUGAAGAUGAUGAUGAAGAAGUCAGUGGAGAGAGUAGUGAGGAUGAGAGUGAAGAGGAAGAUGAGAGUGAAGCAUCUGUCUCUGACUCGGAUGAUGAGGAUGAGGAGGAUGAAGAGGACACCACAGUAGAUGUAGAAGGAAAGGAUGAUGAUGAGGAAGAGGAUCCUAUUAUAGAUGUGACAUCUAAAGAGGACAGAGAGGAAGGAGAGGACGAUGAGGAGGAUUUAUCUGUUGGUGAGCCAGCUAAGGUAGAGAAGGAAGAGACAGAGGACGAGGAGGAGCAGGAGGAGGACAAUGACAAGGAAGAUGAAGAAGAUGAGGAAGUUGACAUGUCUCUGUCUGAAACAGAAGAAAAGGAAGAGAAGGAAAAGUCAGAAUCGCCCCAACCCUCUGAUAGAGUAUUACCCUCAAAUGAAGAAAUCUGUGAUAAAGACAAUGCUGAGAAGGAAGACUCACAAACAGAAAGUGAAAAAGUGAAUAAUGAUAAUGCAAAGUCUUCCUUUGAUGCAAAUCUUGCAAUAGCCAAAAAUUUAACUAAAUCCAACUUUCAGACGUUAUUAGAUGCGUCUGAAAUUCUUAGUUUACGAGAACUUGUACAAAAGCCAUCAAUUCUGAAAGAGACAGAAAAAGUGAAGGAGGAAGUGAUAGAUGUUGUGGAUUCUGAACCUGACAAAGAGGAAAGGUUUGGAUUCUUGGCAGAACAUGAUUACUUUGCUCCACCUGUAUUACCGCCAGGACAGGAGGCAGAGGAAAUUGAUUCAGAUGGGACCAUGUCAGCAGACGAGGAAACGUCGUCAAUGGAAGUGUUCAUGGACCAUAAUUAUUGUCUUCCUCCUAAAAUACCACCCAAACUGGAAAUGCCAGUGGAAGAACUGAAACCAGAACCUGUAAAGGAUGUGGUGAAACCCAAAGAAUUAGUGAAAACAGAGUUACCUCAGGAAAACAAAAAGCCAACGGCAAAGAGAAAACCCAGAAAACCAAAACAACCCACACUAACAGACAUUACAGAAGAAACGGUUCACUUAAAUAAACAACGAGGUAGUCGAGAGUUAGCAAAUCUUCUCGAACCCAUCAAACCUAUUCCAAAGUUUGAUCCCAGGAAUUUAGAUGAUGAAAGAAAAGUGUUUUUUGACAUGUACACAAGUGGUCUUGAUCCAGAGGAUAUUAUGUUCUUGAAAAAGACUUAUGAGAACCUUCUUCAAUCUGAGGAUCCAGCAUGUUACUGGAUUAAUGAUAUUCUGUGGGUGGAUCAUCCUGUUACUAACAUACCUGACCCUGUUCCACCAAAAAAGAGACGGAAACUAGAAGACAUGCCCAAGAUACAUUCAACAGGGAGUGCCAGAACAGAAGGUUUUUACAAGCUGAGUGUGAAGGACAAAACCGGUAACAGACUUGAUGCCUUUAAAGCAGGCAAAGAACCAGACACAAGACUGGAAAAGAAAGCACACACUUCCAGGGAAGCUCGUCAUGAGAACAGAAGACUUCAAACAACAUUUGCUGAUCUUGAUGUGGGAGACCUGCUGCGCUUCAAUCAGCUCAAGUACCGUAAGAAGCAGCUCAGGUUUGCACGCUCAGAUAUCCAUGACUGGGGGUUGUUUGCACUGGAACCAAUUGCGGCGGAUGAGAUGGUGAUUGAGUAUGUAGGACAGGGUGUACGGCAGUCAGUGGCAGACCUCCGGGAGAAGAAGUAUGAGGCUGAUGGUAUCGGCAGCAGCUACAUGUUUAGGGUGGACGCCGAGACUAUCAUCGACGCUACCAAGUCUGGCAAUCUGGCUCGCUUCAUCAACCACUGUUGUAAUCCAAACUGUUAUGCAAAGGUGAUUACAGUGGAAAGUCAGAAGAAAAUUGUCAUCUAUUCCAAGAGAGACAUUGAUGUUAAUGAGGAAAUAACCUAUGACUACAAAUUCCCCAUUGAGGACGAGAAGAUUCCAUGUCUAUGUGGGGCCACCUCCUGUCGUGGAACACUCAAUUGAGGAGGAGAUUGAAUUGUGUAAGAAAUAGGUGAACAACAGUUACAAAAAAUUAAACCAAUUUGAAAGACUACCGUGAAUAUCAACAGAGGUCAUCAGAAUAGUCAUCAUCGCCAAGGAAACCAGGAAAUAUGUUAUUAUGAAUAUCACCAGGAAAUAUGUCAUCCUAAAUUUCACCAAGAAAACCAAAUAACAUAUCACCAUAAAAUGUCCACAUAGGGUCAACUUUUUUAUUAGAAAUUUCACAAAGGGUUUCAGAAGGGUCAAUGUGGAUUAAAAAAGUUUCUCAAUUUUAUUAUCAGAAUGAUAUCUACCUAGCAAUUUAGAAUUCUUAAAUAAUGAACUCCUUACUCAUUACAGUUCAGAUUGAUGUAUUUUACAGUUGUGAUUGAUUUCACUAACAAUGGCAAUAGAUAGUUAAUGGGAGACUACUCUUCAUGACUUUAAGGAAGAAUACAAUAUCAAAUGUACUUCUAUGUUAAUUUGAAAAUCUGCAGGAUCAUUAUUCUAGAGAAAAGUGUACUGGUAUUCAAGAAGAUCUUUUAAUUUAAUAAACAGGGAUGUGUAUAUUUAAGUUAGAUGACCUUGAUACAAUUGAGAAUCUUUCAGAUUUUCCCUAUGUGGUAGACUUAUACUCAACCUCGAUCUCACAACAGCCAUUGUCGUGCCAGAUAAACGUUGUGUUAGUGACACUGUAACGGUGUCGUUACAACAUUCAGGGAGCAGCUAGACUGCCAUUUUGUUUGUUAAUGUAUUAUUUGGAAGUAUUACACCAGUUUUAGUAUUUAGUCUGACUUAUGUAAACCAUCCAUCGGAUUCACAUCCUCUGAUAUGUUGUUGGGGUGUUUUUGUGUAAAAUUCUGUUUUGUUAUCAGAAGUUGCUAACUAGAAGAUUUAGUGCUAUUUUUACAAACCAUGUAAUUAAAAAUUAUUAUUUCAGUUGUUACGAUAAUCUUACAAUCUUUAUCCUCAAAUUUUCAGCAAAACCUAUUAUGACUUUGUCUUGAUCGUGAGGUUUAAUUACACACCAAGACAUGGCCACAGGAUCCAUUGAAAACUUUCUGAAAGUCGAGUCUACAUACACAGGUCCAAGUAUUGUCACACAGUAGGCAUUAAAGCAUGUGUAUAAUGGCACAACAGGCUUUUUUAUCACUAUAAGUGUUAAGUAUGAAAUCCAUGUUGUCUACAAAUCAAUUUCUCCUCUGUUAAUGUUUUGUACUACAUUUGUAUUUCUUUUUUCAAAGAGUUUCGUUAUUGUGGGUUGUAUAUAACUUUUACAGGAUUUGUACUGUCAAUAUGUCGCUGUAGUGCUAUAUUUUUCUUGAUUUUGAUACAUAAAUGCUCAACAUUGGUGGAUUGUAUUGUGGUAAGGUAAAGACAUAAUAAUACUUGGAGGUUCAUUCAUGUGUUAGACAUCCUGGGGAUUAGAUGUAUAUCUUUUGUUAUUGACGUGUUCCUAAUUACAGGUUUAUCUCUGUCAUGGAGAUGCUUGUAAGUAGAUGCUCAUCUCGGUCAUAGACAUGCUUAUAAUGAAAGAUUCUCCUGUUGUGGUAGUGCUUAGCUUGUAAUUAGAGUUUAUCUCUCUUAUGGACAUACUUGUGAUAAAUAUUGCUUUUAGUAAGUUAAUAUCUCAACUCUUUCAGUGAUACGGUUGUUGUAGUUUGUAGGGAUAUCAUUUUCUCUUACCCAGGACAGUGGAUAGUAGGGAUAUCAUUUUCUCUUACACAGGACAGUGGAUAGUAGGGAUAUCAUUUUCUCUUACACAGGACAGUGGAUAGUAGGGAUAUCAUUUUCUCUUACCCAGGACAGUGGAUAGUAGGGAUAUCGUUUUCUCUUACCCAGGACAGUGGAUAGUAGGGAUAUCGUUUUCUCUUACCCAGGACAGUGGAUAGUAGGGAUAUCGUUUUCUCUUACCCAGGACAGUGGAUAGUAGGGAUGUCAUUUUCUCUUACCCAGGACAGUGGAGAGUAGGGAUGUCAUUUUCUCUUACCCAGGACAGUGGAUAGUAGGGAUAUCAUUUUCUCUUACCCAGGACAGUGGAUAGUAGGGAUAUCAUUUUCUCUUACCCAGGAUAGCCACAAUUUUACUUGGUGUGAGAUUUUCUUAUUUUACCCCAGUGUUGAGUCAUGCUCUUUGCACAGUAUGGUUUGUCAUAGCCACAAUACCAUGUUGUCAUGGCAACAAAACAAUGAUGUCACACGCAUGUCGAAAUUCAGUUAAGUCACAUAAACAUUGUGUUGCAUUGAUGUAAUGACAAUAGAUCACAUAAACAUUGUGUUGCGUUGAUGUAAUGACAAAUGACCUAUAAGAUACAUCAGAUGGUAAACAGGGUAAGAGAAAAAUAAUCCAUCAACCCCCGAAGUAAGAUUAUUACAGUAUGCUGCCAAACACUCUGCAUGCCUCAUGUUCGGCAACGUAAGAAUCUCCCCCCUCAGGUUUAAGUCUUGCCUGCAAAGUUAAAAGAUUCCAUUUUCACUUUUCAGUGACAAUGUUAAUUUUUGGUAUCAAUAUCGGCACUAGUCUACUAGCCGUAUCUACUUGUCCUGUACCUAGCUGUUCCUAGUAUCAUCUACUUGUCCUGUACCUAGCUGUUCCUAGUAUCAUCUAAUUGUCCUGUACCUAGCUGUUCCUAGUAUCAUCUACUUGUCCUGUACCUAGCUGUUCCUAGCCGUAUCUACUUGUCCUGUACCUAGCUGUUCCUAGCAGCAUCUACUUGUCCUGUACCUAGCUGUUCCUAGCAGCAUCUACUUGUCCUGUACCUAGCUGUUCCUAGCAGCAUCUAAUUGUCCUGUACCUAGCUGUUCCACGGAAUAAAACCAAUAUCUCUACAGUCCAAACAACACUGUCUACAUAAUGAUAAUGUUAGUUUAUAAGAAAAAUCAAACGUGUUCGUGUAGGUAUAUAUAGAUGGUGACUAUUCAUGACUGAAACUCAGUUGUUUUAUUGAGAGGGAUGACUCUAUAUUGACUGAAGUCAUGUUUUCAGUAGAAUUAUGGCUAUAUCCUAAUAUCAAAACUUACAAUUUCUCAACUCUGGACUAUAAGGUUUCACUCUCCCAAUAGGACCUUUGACCUCAUAAAGGAUUCUAAUGCAAUUUAAUAUCACCUUAUGUGAUAGUGAUUCACUUGUGUCAGAACCAAGAUUAUUCAUGUACUAGCCUUGAUGAAUCCUGGAUUAUGUGAUGUCAUCAAUGUAUUUUGUUACUUAUCAGACAGUCCAGAUUUUGUACUGGGAAAAAUGAUUAGGUAUUUUGUAAUUGUGAUUGGAAAUGAACUGUUUCGUGCUUUUCAUGUGUUGAGCGCUUUUAUAUUUGCUGAAUGUGUUCAAAAUUUUAUUGGCAUGUGUUAGUUAACUCUAUUUGAUGUAAAUAUUAAUGAAUUCAUAGAAUGCAUUCUAUUUAAUGUAAUAGUCAAGUGCAAUUGACAACUUAGAAAUCAUUUGUACAUGGUCAUCAUUGAUAGUGCUGUGUACAUAGUAAAAUUGUUACAUCUGAUAAAUCCAUUUGUAUAUAAUAUAUAUAUAUAUUAGUAUAUGUGAAGGUUUGUAAAGGUGAAAGUGAUUACCGUGAGUACCAAAUAAAUACAUUUUAAUAUAAUAAAUUA